CACUCCAUUUUCUACAAUCAACUCAACUCAACCCAACAUGAAGAAGAUGGAACUUCCCUUCUUUUUUCUUGUUCUCAUUUUGCUACUUGAAAUAACAUUUUCUGUUGAGUCUCAAAAUCCAGCACUCUUGAAGUAUGUGCUUCAAUGGCCACCUACUUUCUGUAUUCAAUUGAAUCACGAAGAAGAAGGUUGGUGCAAAGUACCAAUUCCUCAACAUCAAUUCACACUGCAUGGCCUUAUGCCAGCAGAUGAAGAAGGAUUUAGCAUUAAAUAUUGCUCGAACACAGAGCCAAAUUGGAAUGCGCUGUUUGAACCAAUCAGAGAUAAACUCGUAACAUUCUGGCCAUCGCUUAGAGAAGAUUAUGAUGAGACGGAGUUCUGGAAGCGCCAGUGGCGAGCCCAUGGAUCGUGUGCAAGAACAACACCUGAAGAGUACUUCCACACAGCAAUACAUAUCAAUCACUUGCCUGAACAUGGCAACUUGUUCAAUUACUUGAUAAAAAGAGGGAUUUUUCCAAGUGAUAAUAGGGCUUAUCGAAAAGAAGAUAUUGUUGAGGCUAUCCAAAGUGUCUUUGAUGAAUUUCCUUCUCUAAUUCGUCAACGUUCUCCCCCUCGUCCUUCUUCUGGAUCACCAUCGCGUAAUAUUUACCUCUCUUGUGUUCCAACAAAUCAUGGAAUCAAUGGUUACUUAUUGAGUGAGGUUACCUUGUGCACUAAUCUAGAGGGCACUGAAUACAUUUCAUGUCCAUUAGAAGCUGAUCCAGCAAGUUGCCCUGAUGAAAUUAUGCUCCCUCUUCCAAAUGAUCAAAUACGGCCGUAUCUGCCGCUGAUGGAUAAAUGGAAGAAACCAAUGGGAAAUAUAUGAAUAUAUCCCCCAUUUGAUAAUCAUGAGUUGAAUAAAAUAUUCAAUGGCUGAGAUUAAUUCUCACUUUUGAAUUAUUAUUAUUGUUGUUAUUAAAAAGAGAGUAUGGAAUAUGUUGUAACACAUGACGUGUGAAAUUAAUGCAUAGUUAUAUAUGCAGUACUAUAUUGAAUAAAACGUUUAUUCUACUCUCUUAUUUGA